AUGAGCUACUUCAGAGAAAGCAAUGGCUCGUUGAGAGGACUAGCGCUCGCUAGAUUAUCGCGUAAUUCCAAAGGUUCUGGGACGGCAGAUUCGAUAGAAAAACUACUAGCCUCGCUGCCAGUCUCUUAUUCUUCGUCAGCAGCAAAUUUAAAUUCGAUUCCUUUAACUCUGGAUGAAUUGGAGGUUUUGCUGGCAAUCUGCAGCUCAGUACCGUAUGAAGAACUGCGGGCUCGUUCUAUCCUGGAAAAAUGCAUUUUCCCUUAUUUUCUUGCGUGUCCUAAACAGAAGUUCACAGACUACGUGAUUAGUAAGUACAAACAGCGUAAUCUCAAGCAUCCAUCUGAGGUUUUAUGCUUCGAAUUGGCAAGAUUUAUCAUGAGAUCAGCCAGAAUGUUUCCACAGAUUCAACCGGAAAUCCGCACAGCCUGUGACAAAUACUUAAAUGAGAUUUCAGAAAAUCUCUCCCUUGGCGGCCUGCUCUCGUUUGCUGGUUUUUUGGAAGCUUUAGUAUUUGAAAACGGUAACGUACUUUCUUCGACUUUGUUAGCCAAAUUGAGGAAUCUAAUGACCGAAGAUUUCUUUUACCACGUUGAAGUGGCCAUUCGAUCAUCUGUGAAUAAGGACAUUCUGAUUUACUACCUUGAUCGCAAUCGGGAAGUUUCCUCGCUACUAUUUUGCGAGUUAAUUGAAAGACUACAGGUGACACACGCAUGUCGGUAUUUGGGAGUUCCUGUGGGCACUGGUUUGGACGAAUAUCUGCUUGAAAUUCAACGUGUUAAAGUAGGAAGAACAAGAGAUGUGCGAAUCGACGAAUUUGAGGCCAAAAUUCACGAGCAUGAGGACGAAUUCCUGGAAAUGUGUGCCUUCUCAUUCAAACAAGUAAAUCAGCUUGAACAAGGCGCAAAAUAUAUCGACUUGUCCAGUCAGGGAAGGCUGGAAUAUGCUUUUGCGUCAAAAGCGUAUCUGCUUCAAAUUCUAGCUGUUGGCAUUUUGGUAGACUAUGAAGUGGAUGAGUUUACUGAACUUGUCAGAGACUCUCUGGUUGACUUACCAACAAACGCACAUGCUGUGAACUCGAAAUUAUGUGCAACAAUCAUCAACGUUGCUUCUCUGCUCAAUUACUACACAGAGGCAGUUUCUCCAGAUUUGCUGCGCAUUUUUCCAUUGCUGGUCUCUACUAAGUCCCUACCAAACCAAAAAAUUUCUGCCCUCUCAACAAGCUAUGCAAAGGGAUUGGUACCCCUUACCGAGGAUGCCAUUGUUGGAACAAUAUACACAAUUAACAAUUUACUAGCAUUGGCUCAGGACGGACUUCCUGGAACUACUAUGAAAGGGCGGCGUUUAACUACAGCUUUGGGCAGUGAGAACAAUUUUGAUCGUUUGAUAUCUUCCAGGCCUACCAGAUCUAGCACUGUGGGAACCUAUCAAUCACUCCAAAAGCUGAAAAUCUCAGUCACAAAACCAACAGCGCGCCACACCACUAAUCAGGAGACUGAUCUUUCUUCAAAUGGAAAUGGAACUCACGUCAUUGAUAUGCAUGAUGAGCUAUUCCAAAACGUAAUCACCGCAACGACCACCAUUGCAGCGAUUUACAAUGACCAAUCCAUUACAGCGCUGACGAUCACAAUUCUAACACAAAAAUACGGUGCUGUGUCACCAGCAUUGGAUACAAAAAUAUUGGCGGGCUUGGCGCACUUGGCAUUGAGAGUGAAUAAGUCAGAGUUCAAUUUUCUAAUGAAGUUUUUCCAUUCUGCUACAAAUCAUGCUCUGGAAAAAAAGGAUGCCAGAGUUAUGAAAAGUAUUAUCGCAGCUCAAACACUUCUCUCUCGGCAACUUCUUGCAGAAAAGCCUCAAGGUCCGCUUUACAAGAUUUAUCUAGGCUACCUUCUAGAUGCGAUUGUUGCACGCGGGGAUGUUGAUCGCUCAGAGCACCACAGAUCCCAUACUGAAAUAUCAGAGGUGGCCGAUCAAAUUGCGAUUUAUCUCAAGCCUCUGGCUGCACUACUCCCUAAACCUGGCCGUGGUCCAAUAAAUCUUGACCAAGAUGAGACCUUAACUAACACUUUCAGAAAUGUCUGGUUUAACGCUACAGUACACGGAUUUUAUGGGGAAGCUUCUUUGACAAAGGAGUUUUAUGAAGAGCUUCUAACGAUUGCCUAUAAUUCACCACCACUUGCUUCCGACUUCCCGGCGGUGAAUCGAGAAACAUCAUUCGAAAUGAAUACCAUUUUACGUCGUGGUUCCUCGAACCAUAACGUGAAGCAGCAAAAGAAUAUGUUGUCUGAGUAUUUACCCAUCAAUUCUGUGCAAGCAAGAACGCUCUCUACUUCAAAAAUCAUGUUUUUGGCUGCUACUUUACUGGUCGAGAAUUUGAGGUGUGAAGCGGGCGACUGUUCGAAGGCUUUGCUGUACUGUUCUGAUCGGUCGAUUACAAAGAGCAACCUUGACAAAUUUGUGGCGUCCAUCUCAACUUCAAUGGUUCAAAAGUACACAAAGCUUGCCAUAAGAGGCAGCACGCGCAUUUUUUCUGCAGAAAUGGUGGCCAAACAACUGACCAAUUUCAUUCUUCUCCUAAUCCACAGAGACACCGCCCUUCAAGAAGCAGCAUUCGCCUGUUGCGAUAAUUUCAUUGAAAGAAUACCAUCGAGUCUUUGUCACCAAGAUCCGCUAUACACUUUACUUGAUUUAUUGUCAAUGCUUUUUGAUAGCGUUGUUGCUUGCGAGGCAAACAAGCACGAAGUCAUUUUUGAUUUUACUUUGAAACAUUCCAAACGCAGAGUUACAUUGCCCGACUCUUAUCAUUGGCGAACGCUGACAUUGGAACAGGUACAAAAGUACGCAACACGUUGGGUUACAGUCAUAUUGAAGACCGCCAAUCAAGAUGUCAAGAUACUGUUACAGUCGUAUAUCUCAGAUUUGAGCGCUGUUCAAAGAUUAAAUGGAGUCGAAUUUGGCGUAUCUUUUGCUCUUGAAAUGGCAGCCAAGAUUUUACCGGUAGAUCGGGACUUAGCAAGCAUCACCAAAAGCGGUUACCGUAGGCCUGACAGCAUUUCUGGGUUUCUUUCCCAGCACGCGUGGAGAUCUCGAUUCAUGAGAGAUCAGAGCGUUCUGUCGUCUUAUCACGACAUCGAACAAGAAAGAGGCGAAUUAAAGAGCAAGAUUGAGUGUGUCCUGGCUAAUGGCACAACAUUGAAUUACAAUGAUGUCAGUUCAUUCCUUGACUUAUCGGCUUCACUUCUGGCUCUGAAAAAGGGCAAUACAGCGACUUUGGUGUAUGAUAUUGUCAAUAUACCUUUUCAACUGUUCACCUCAGAUGCAGUUAAAAUUGCUACUAAUGUUUGGCUUGCGGUAAUGAAGGAGAGAAUGGAUGUUUCUUAUUUACUUCUUGCCGAAAUUGCUAACUGCUGGGCUUAUUCGAUUGAUAAUGGCGAAGGCUUAUUUUCUACGGAGCAUAACCUAAAGGCUGAGGAAUACAACAUGAUGGAGUACUCUCCUUACAAUAAAAAGGAGAUCAAUGUGGCAGCUCACAGUGCUAGCAAGUCAUUGCAGCCCCAUGUGCUCAUAACAAGGUUUUUCACAUCUCAUUUCGAAGGGACCCUGUUUGAUAGCGUGCAUCUCUUACAAAUUUUCACUCAAAUCUGUCUCAACGGUUUAAGAGCUUUGAAAACGGCAAGUUUACAUCCCUUUGCCAGAAUGGCUAGAAACGAGCUUGUUAAUUUUGGUAUUUUGGUAUUUGCCAGCAAUGUCAAACACAAUACGCGUCAAGUUCCUGAAUUAGGCAAAGCACUCAUUGAUGGUGCUUUGAGUUGGUUUGAAAAGCCCAAAUCGUGGCCAUUUGGAGCUAACGAACUGAAGAUACGGGCCGACCUAUCCAUGCUCGUGGAGAUAUACAAAAAGUUCAAGGACAAUGAACAGGCGCUAAAUGGUUACCGCGGACGAGAACUUUCGCUUUUACAAUAUUUCCUGCUAAGUGAAAUACACACAGUCGAAAGCUGGCUGCGUCCAUUGGCAAAGCCUUUAGAUGACUUAAAGCUGCCAGUGGAUUUAGUUUCGUUUGCAUUCAAAAAAAGCCCUUCUUUAGCCAUUAAUUUGGUUGAACGUUAUCCCUCAAAAAAGGCAUCAGAAUCGCUGGAGCGAUUGAUCGUGGAAAACCCUCUUCUUUGCGUGCACACUUCAAGGACACUGGAAUCAUUUUUGACAGGCACAAAAAGUUUCCACUAUGCCCUGUACUGGGCAUCAACGAAUCCCUUGCAGUCCAUCAAUCUGUUUUUACCACAAUGGGCUAAGAAUACCUAUGUCGUGCAGUACAAUGUAAGAGCGCUCGAAUCUCAUGACGUGAAUCUUACUUUCUUUUAUGUGCCCCAGAUUGUGCAAUGCUUGAGAUGUGACCCCUUAGGGUACGUUGAGCGCUUGAUCAUUGACACCGCAAAGAUAAGUGUCUUGUUCUCGCACCAAAUCAUAUGGAACAUGUUGGCCAAUAGUUAUAAGGACGAUGAAGGCCAAAUACCGGACGACUUGAAACCCUGUCUAGACAAAAUUCAGGAUAAAAUGACCAAAGCGCUCAGCGCUAAGCAAAGAGAUUUUUACGAACGCGAGUUUGACUUCUUUAACGAAGUAACUAGCAUUUCGGGUAAACUGAGACCAUACAUUAAAAAAACAAAAGCCGAGAAAAAACAUAAGAUAGACGAAGAAAUGGCCAAGAUUGUUGUCCGCGAUGGUGUGUAUCUGCCUUCAAACCCAGAUGGCGUCGUGAUAGACAUCGAUCGGUUGAGUGGCAAGCCGUUGCAAAGUCAUGCGAAGGCGCCUUUCAUGGCCACUUUUAAAAUAGAACGGAUGGAACAUGAUCCCGAAACAAAGGAACGCCAUAAGGUGGAAAAAUGGCAAGCGGCCAUUUUCAAAGUCGGCGAUGAUUGUCGGCAAGACGUUUUGGCGUUACAGUUAGUUUCUGUUUUCCGAACAAUUUGGUCAUGCAUUGGACUAGACGUUUAUGUGUAUCCCAACCGUGUGACCGCCACAGCGCCAGGAUGUGGUGUCAUUGAUGUGCUACCAAACUCCAUCUCCAGAGAUAUGUUGGGGAGAGAGGCCGUUAACGGGUUGUACGAGUAUUUCAUCACCAAAUUCGGACAUGAAAACACAGCAGAGUUCCAGCGUGCCAGACAUAAUUUUGUGAAAUCGCUUGCUGGAUACUCGGUGAUAUCGUACUUGCUGCAAUUCAAGGACCGACACAACGGUAAUAUCAUGUACGAUGACCAAGGACACUGUUUGCAUAUCGAUUUUGGCUUUAUCUUUGACAUUGUUCCUGGCGGUGUCAAAUUCGAGGCUGUGCCUUUCAAGCUCACCAAGGAAAUGGUGAAAGUCAUGGGAGGCUCCCCCGAUACCCAAGCGUAUCGGGAAUUUGAAGAACUGUGCAUAAAGGCAUAUUUGGCGGCACGCCCGCACAUGAACAUGAUUCUGGAAUGCGUUCGGCCAAUGUUGAGCAGCGGACUGCCGUGUUUUAAGGGUGAGAAGACCAUGCGGAACCUGGAGGCGCGCUUUUCGCCCCAUAGGACUGAACAAGAGGCAGCUGAGUUUAUGCUGGGUCUGAUUAAGAAGUCUUACGAGAGCAUUUUUACUCGAGGCUACGAUGAGUUCCAGCGUUUAACGAACGGCAUUCCUUACUGA